ACUUUGUUUAAUUUUGAAUAUUACAGAUGUUAUGUGGUAGGGACAGUUGGGAGUCAUGGAUCACUUUUGGGUCUCUCUGAACUUUUACGCUAUUUUCCUGAUCAGAAAAUAUCUGUGUUUGUUGGAACUUGGAAUAUGAAUAGCCAGCUUCCACCCAAGGACCUAGAUGAUUUUCUGCUUCCAUUAGGGGUUAAUCAUCUUCCUGAUAUUUAUGCUGUUGGCGUUCAAGAAGGAGUUCAGGAUAGGAGGGAGUGGGAGAUCACUCUGCAGACUACCGUGGGGCCGUCACAUGUUCUUUUCCAUUCUGUUGGUCUUGGGGUGUUAUAUCUAGCUAUAUUUCUUCGAAGGGACCUUAUCUGGUUCUGUUCUGACCCAGAAGAUGCUGCAUACAGCACCAGGCCUGGUUCUGUAGUAAAAACCAAAGGAGCAGUUGCCAUUUCAUUCAUGUUUUUUGGAACUUCUUUGUUGUUUAUCAACUCCCAUUUAACAGCACAUGAAAAGAAAUUGAAAGAGAGACUGUCCGACUAUGAAAAACUUUGUGUUAUGUUAGACCUUCCAAAAAAUCUACAUGUAAAACCCCAGUGUCAGAGUAAAGAUGUCACAGCAAGAUUUGAUAAUGUUUUCUGGUGUGGUGAUCUAAAUUUCCGAUUGACUCAGAAACGAGAUGUUAUUAUAAAAUUAUUAGAGAACCGGAACCUUCAGAAUGUACUAUCCUGUGAAACGUUAUUGAAAUAUGAUCAGCUGCAAAAAGCUAUGAAUGAAGGUGUUGCCUUCAGAGACUUUCAUGAAGCUACAGUCACAUUUGUUCCUUCUUACAAAUACAACACUGGAUCUUGUCUCUUUGACUCAAAGAAACUACGUGUACCUUCCUAUACUGAUCGUGUGUUGUUUCGAUAUAAGAAGAAAGAUACCAUAAAUUGUCUUCUGUAUGAUAUAGCAGAAAAUAUCACCACCUCAGACCAUAAACCCGUAUAUGCAUUAUUUGAAGUGUGUGUGAAACCAGGACGAGAUAACAUUCCUCUAGCAGCGGGUCUUUUUAAUAGAGAAGUUUAUUUGGAAGCAUCUCGGAGGCGUUCUGCUGCACUUGAAAGUCAAGACCAGAAAAGUUAUGUGUGCUCUGUAAUGUAAAAUUUCUUCUUGAUGAAUAAUAUUCCUAAAAUAUAAUGGAAAGAAGAAGAUUUCAUAUAAUAUGAAAUAAAUUAAUGAUUGUAGCUAGUAUUAACAGUGAUAUUUAGAAGCAAUUACAGUAUUUACAUGAACCUACAGUUUUUUUGGGGUGUGAAAUAUUGAAUUAUGUACACAUUUCCACCUUUAACUGCUAACCUUUUGUGUUAUUACUAGAAAGUGCAAGGUGUUAAUUAUUGGUGAAUUUUGAAUCAUUCUUUCUCCUGUUGCAGUUAACUAUACAGUAAAAAUUUAAAUAUAGAUAUUUCUAACUGUUAAAAAUUUCUUUUUGUUAAAGACAUAGUAAAUGUAAGCUACAUUUAAGCUAGACAGGUUUUGCUAUUACAUCUUCCUCUCAGUUGUAACAAAGAAAAAACAAGAGUAGUAUGGGGUGGAUUAUAUUUUUAUUAGCUAUAAACCAUAACUUGA